UGGUGUAAGUUGGGAUUUGAUACUGCGAAGGGCAAAGAGAGAGGACCUCAGAGAUUUGAUGGAGCUCUCAGGGGUGCAUGAGGGACAGUGCUGGGGAGAUGGGGUGGCCAGGAAGACAUCUGGAAGUGGAGAAGACAGGCAUGGAUACCUACGCAAUGUGAAUGAAUGUCCAGUCUGAGCAAGGGAAAUUAAAGGGCUUCGGAGGACAGAGUGAAGAACAUCACUGACCACAUCCGGUCUGAAGACCAGUUUCCAGUGAAAAACAAAGUCCUUCAGAGGAGUUCGAAGACCAUAAAACCCCAGAGGACCCCCAGAGGAUCCCGAGAGAAUGGGGCCUAUGUGCCUAGCAUUGACGUCUCAGUGGAGGACAUCAUGAGGCUGUUGUGCUCCAUCUCUGAGAAGAGGAAGAUGAAGGCGGCCUUCAAGUACUCCUGGUUGGGCGCCAUAGUCACCAGGACUAUGGUCUUUGUGGGUGGUUUGAUGGGCGGUCCACCAGGAAUAGCCAUUGGGGGAGCCAUCAGGGGUCUGUUAGGUGCAUGGAUGAUGAGUGGAAAGUUUAAGCCAGUUCCUCAGACCAUAAUGGAGCUACUGGCUGACAAACAGGAGAGGCUGUUUAUCAAUGCCAUUGCCAUCCUUAGGCAGCUGCCUUGGACAAAUGUUGAGCAGCUGACCAUGCUGGUCAUGGGCAGUGAGACCCUGCAGGAGCAGCUGGUGGAUAUGCUGAAAAACUAUUUUAGCAAGGAGCUGGGAUCAGAAGUGAAGCAGGACAAGUAGGCCUCUGCCCUGCGAGGCAGGGUCCAUUUGGAUGAUUUCAAACUUGUUAUGGUUGAUGUAUAACUGAUUUGCAAUGUCGUGUUUUUUGUGGGGUACAGCAAAGAUCAUUUACUCUUUCUGACAUAGCACUGCACUGAUAGAUGACCAUCCUGGGAGUGCGGUGAUACCUGGAGUAAAACACCGUUUACCGUUUUUAUUCUUACUCACUAAUCACAUCCUUCGAAAAAUUCUCAAAAUUAAUCAGAAAGAUAAAUAGAACUCAAAGAGUGGACAGAGUAGGGAGGAAACCUGCAGAAUAUUUCUAGCUCAGAUUCUUUGAUUCUAACAUAAUUGACUAAAUGGCAGAAUUCAUAUAAUAUAGACAUAAUAUACUAUAAACUAGUAAAUGAAAAUUUAAGGCAAAUUAGAGAUAACAUUCAAGGAAGCUUGCAAUUUAAUCCUUUCUUGGUUCCCUCUGAUUUAUCUCAAAAUGUCUAUUUCUUUUCCAUCCAACAAUAUAGGAAGUUUUAGGUGGGGGUCUCAUGUUUUACUUAUAUUUGUAUUUGCAUCUAUGUUUAGCCCAGUUCUUCAUCUGUCAUAUCAGUGAAUAAACAUUGAGCCAA